AUUAACGAAUAAUUAGAUGUUAUCAUAAAUCUAAUAUUUCAUCGGAUUUUUAUCGGAAGUUAUAUAUGCAUAUGGAUUUUACAAACAAUAUAAAUGAAAUAUGUUGCAUUUUAUAUAUUUUUUUAUUUUUUAUUUUAUCUUUUAUGUUGCAUUUUUUUAGGUAUUAUUUGAAAUACAAAUAAUUUAGAUAGUAAUUUGAAUAAAAAUUCAUGUUGCUUACAUUAUUUAUAUUGCAUUCUAUCAUUGAAAGAUGUAUUUGAAAUUCAAAUAACUUAGAUAAUAAUUUAGAGGAAUGCAGUAAAAAUUUUUUGCCACCCGUUAUCGAUAAUUUUUCAGUAAAUCAAACUUGAAUUAAAAUCCAUACAAAAAUAAAUUUACAUGAUUCAGAAAGACUGAUUGUAUUUUAUUUAGAUGUGGGUAACUAAAACUUGGUUAGCCAGCACUGAUCCCUACUAUCGGAGUCGGAGCAAUGUCACUCCUUCUACCGUGCCCUCACCAACCCGCUACAACCACCUAUGAAUCUGUUAUGUCUCAACCAACGACAUAACUAAUGAAGACACUAGAAUCAAUCCAUUCGCACGUAAAGAAAAAUGUAUGUGACCUCUUUUUUUGAAAGUAAUUCAUGACACAAUCUAUCUUUCGUGCCUAGUGUGGCACAUAUACUUAUACAUCUUCCAAUCCUUCUGAAAUUUAUAUCUACCACAAAAAUAAAGUAAGUUCUUCCUUAUUUUAAAGAUAAAGGAUAGGACUCUUCACAAAAAAAUUAACAUUUAUAUAUAUUUCAUUCCUUGAGCUGCAUUUCGUCAGAUAUUAUAUAAUGGCCAUUAUAAAGAUCAUACUUUUCUCUAUUCGACAUUAAAACAUUAUUACAAAAUUUAUAUACAAAAUAAUGUCGCUAUUAAAGUUUUAUGUUUUUAAAAACAACAAUCGAAUAAACUAAAAUGACUUCUCUAUCUCUUUUCAAUUUUCCAAAAAAAAUUUAGAAAGCUAGGCCUUAGUGAUUAUUGAUUAAUUUUUUAAAACAUUUUAUUAUAAAAUUUUAGCAAUAAGAAACAAAAUAUUCAACUCGGAAAAAUUUUAUAUUAAGUAAAAACGUAUUGAUUCUUUGUAUGAAGAAAUCGCUUGGCAACGGAAAAUCGGUAUGAAAUGUAGCAAAACAAUUACGUCAAUGUCAAAAACAAUUACGAAGCAACAAAAUUUAUUUUGGACAUCUCAUUAUAUCAUUUAUAUCACCCGAAUCAGCAAAAUUUUAAGUGAAAAUCCAUUUUUACAAUAAAAAUGGAUAACAAAGAAAAAUACAUUGCUACUAAUGUAAAUCUUAAUAAAAAUUAUGAGAUAACGUAAUAGAUUUUGUACACGCCAGUGAUUGAGUAUGUUAAUUUUUAAAUCUUCUUGACUUUUUAUAUUUUAAUAAUUCGUUUAACGAUAACAUAUCAUUCCACAAAUUUUAAUAUUAAACAAUUAAAAAUGACUGAAGCUCAAAAAAAAUCUGCGAUAGAAGAUGUGUAGAAUUCGAUCAACAACUAGUUAUUCUAAUUAUAAAAAUAAAAACAAGAUUCACAAAAUGAAAUACGUAAAGGAUAUAAUACAAGAUUUAAAACAUUACGGACCAGCGGGUUUAAUACACAUCACUGCUCUAAGUAACAUAAUCGAAAGACCCAUUAGGAUAUGGAAUGCUAAUGGUAGUUUAAAUAAAAUCAUCGGCAGAAGAAAACUGGGGCAACCUAUAGAUAUUGAGUAUCAUGCGACUGAUUCGGAGCAAAUUGGUAAGCGUUCUUGUAAGUCGACACUCUUUAUACACAAGAACAUCUUACGUAAGUUCUAUCCCAAUUCUUGUGCGAACUUUUCUAAUCCUUCUCUAGGUCAUUGGACCCUGAGAGGUGGCAAGGAUCCUAACAAUGUCAUCAUCGAUUUAAAUAGCUGUCUUUUUUCGGUGAUCGCUUCUCAAAUCGGACAGAAUCCAUUAAGGCUUCGUAGGUGGACGGUGUUAAAACUGAAGAACAACUUUGAAAAGUUGGCCGAAUGGUCAGACAAAAUUUUUCUUCAGUUGGAAGGGAACAAAGGAAUAAGCCUGAUGAUUGGCGGAGCCCGUUACAUUGUUUCAAACGCCGCAAGAAUUAUGACUAUUUCAGAGGGCAAAAUGGGCCAAGGGACAAAGGGUGUAGGCCAUUCUAUAACUCGACACGUUGAAACUCCAGUCUGCAGAUACACUAGGGCUUAUCCGACCGAAGUUAAGACUGCUUUCCGGUCACGAAAAGAUCAAAACUAUGUCGCUAAUUUGGCAUUGAAAUCAGAUUUAGUUCAGAAGGCCAUAAAUUCCCUCAAUGAAGGAGCUAUUGAAUGUACAGUAUUAAUAACGGAAAAAAACAUUCUAAAUGAUGAUUUACCCAUGGCAAGAAAAUGGAAAAAUGGAAGGGCAAUAUCAAAUUCAAGAAGUAUCAAAAUGGUGAGAUUAACAUUAAGACAUCAAAGAAACCAAUUUACGAAUAAGGAUGCAGAUGUUCUCGUACAUACUUUUUAUCCAAUAAUUACCGAAUGGACUGAACUACCUGACUGGGCUGAAUGGUGGCCACCAGUCUCUACCAUCUAUCGACCAUCAGCAAGAGAACCAGAUACUUUAGUUAUAAGUCAAAAGAGUCCACACAGGCACUAUGGAAAACAUGAAGGGAGGCAAAUAGAAGAGGUACUGGGAGAGGAGAUAGGACAACAGGUACAGGAAAAGAAAGUAGAACAACAAGUACAGGAAAAGGAAGUAGAACAACAAGUACAGGAAAAGGAAGUAGAACAACAAGUACAGGAAAAGGAAGUAGAACAACAAGUACAGGAAAAGGAAGUAGAACAACAAGUACAGGAAAAGGAAGUAGAACAACAAGUACAGGAAAAGGAAGUAGAACAACAAGUACAGGAAAAGGAAGUAGAACAACAGAACCUAUAGGCACAAGUACCUCAAAUGUACCUUAAAUAUAUCUGGAUACUUUUAUUCAUUAAUAUAAAUUUUCAAAAUAAAUAGGCUUUUAUGGUUUCAUGUUUCUGCUCAUAAUAUUUACGUAUUAUACAUAUUUUAUGAGAAUAAGUUUAGCAAUGUUAACAAUAAAAUGAAAUAACACUUAUAAGACUAUAGAAAUUAAUUGUUUCAAAUAAUUUAUUUUACAUUUAUGCAGGAUAUUUUAGAAACGUAAAACAUUACAAAUUGUCAUCGGAUAAAUUAUUUCGCCGUGGCAUUAAAAUUUAUUGCCCUGUACUAAAUGCACGUUUGAAUAAAUCCAAUUAUAUUAAAAAAUUUAUAUAAAAUAUAAUAUACUUUU